GCAAACUUAGACGGCUAUUGGCUGCCCCUAAUUUCUGACCCCUCUUGGUUCUUUGCAUUUCCCUUCCCUUCCCUUAUAAAUUCACACAAUCAAAAAACAUGCCUCACCCGCUGCUCAUAUUUCUCCACGAGAAGACUCAUUCUCUUCUCUCUGCUCUGCUGCCAUGGCCGCCACCAACAGAUGGUUAAAGCCUGAGGUGUAUCCUCUCUUUGCUGCAGUUGGUGUGGCUGUUGGCAUCUGUGGGAUGCAGCUUGUUAGAAACAUAACCACCAACCCUGAAGUCAGGGUUAUCAAGGAGAAGAGAGCUGCAGGAGUGCUUGACAACUUUGAAGAAGGUGAAAAGUAUGCUGAACAUGGCCUCAGGAAGUUCCUCAGAACACGAUCCCCUCAGAUUAUGCCUUCCAUCAACAAAUUCUUCUCAGAUCCAAACUAAAUCCAAUUCUGCUACUGACCAUUCAGAUUAGCUGUUGAUUGCCUGCUGAAUUUGUUGUCGAUGCAUAACUCGAGUUGUUUCAAAUAAUGAAGUGCUAUUGAACAAAUGGAAGUUUUUUUGUUCUGUUGUGGCUGGAAAAGACGAGUGUAGCACCACCCACAUAGCAUACCUGAGAUAUUAACUCAUCUUUUUCUACAACUAUGGAAUCAUGUGUUCUAGUUUUAAA